AUGAAGACACCUCCAGCAAUGAUGACAGAGGAGGAUUUCAAAGACCUAGGGUACAAUGAGGAAAAUAUAUUUGACAAAGCACAUGAGGAACCAUUGCAAGAAUACAUAGAUAUGGAGACAGGUUUGGAAGAGAGAUCAAGCAAAGGAAUGGUGGAGAUGAUGGAACCAGAACCAAUUGCCGAAACUCAAAUUGACAGCAAAUUCUUGGGACUCAUGGCGAUGCAACUGGAACAGAAAAGGAACCUAGAUCCAACCAUACAUGAAGCAAGGAGUGGAGAGGAUAGAAAACACUGGGAAGAAGCCAUGUGA